AUGCCGAAGUUAGAGCAGUUCGAAAUCAAGAAAUACUGGCAGAUAUUUUCCGGGCUGAGCCCUAGCGACAAUAAGGUCACGCACGACCAGGUGGCCCCCAUUUUGCACAACUCGAAGCUGGAGGCGGGGGUUUUGGGUAAGAUCUGGUUUCUUUCGGAUAUAGACGGCGACGGAAACCUGGACUUCGAGGAGUUUGUGAUAUGCAUGCGGUUGAUUUUUGACAUGGUCAACCAGAACAUCACGGCGGUGCCCGAUGAACUGCCGGACUGGCUGGUUCCGGGCUCUAAGGUAGAGCUGGUGCGGCAGCGGGCCAGUCAGGGAGGCGUAGCGGCGGCGUCGGCUGCGCCGGCGUCGGCGGGUGAGGCGCCGGAGAUGGAGUGGUACAUGUCGCCAGAGGACCGUGCGCUGUACGAGAGGCUGUAUCAGAAGUGUCAGACCGCCACUGACGGCUCCGUGGGUUACCAGGGGGUCAAGCCGGUGGUGACAGAGCACUUUCAGAAAAUCACGCAGCCAGAGCUGGAACAGGUGUGGGCGCUGGUUAACCCGAAGGGAUUUGCUGCGAUCGACAGAGACCCCGUCAUGUACUUGUUCCACCUUCUCAGGCAGCGGAGUGACGUGGGCGCCAAGAUCCCCGCGGGCGUACCGGCCUCCCUGGGAGAGACGUUUGCGAAGGAGCGGGUCACUACCGACAUAGCUAAUGAAGGCCAGGGUGCUAUCAGAAAAAGCGAGCUCCACAUUGCCAGUGCCAGCAGGUCAAAUUCUGCUCGACCAAAAAACGAGAACAGCGAUUAUUCCGCCACCGCAGGGACGGACUGGGAGGUGGUGCAGCUGCAGCGUGAGCUCGCUGCCUUAGAUUCUCAGCUGUCCGAUUUGAAACAGCAGCAGGAAUCGGCCCCUCCAACCAGAGCAGAGGUCCUGCGGGAGCAGUUUGAAGGCCUGUUGAAGUUCAAGCAGGCGCAGUUGUCUACGUCUACCAAUAGCUCACCAGCGAUGAAUGUCCUGAGUCUCACCGAAGAUAUAGACAGCUUGGAAGAGCAGGUAACAGUUCUGCAGCACUACCUCAGUACUCGGAGCGAAACCCUACAGCAGUUACAGUGGGAAAUUCAGUCAUUAAAGUAG